UGGCAUGUUUUGUGAGUACGCCAGUCAUAUUUUAGACUGAACUAAAUUAAGAAAGUAAAAAAAUAUUUUUCUCCCAAAUCAAUUGUUGUGACACACAGCGACCGCUGGGUGGAGCUCUAUCCGCGGAGCGGAGUGAUCAUCAUCAGACAUUCAUUUGAGAGACAGGAGGAGGCAGACCACAGCUGACACAUACAGAAACGUUCACAUUAAUGAGCGGCGGCUUCGGUUUACGAGCUCUGUGUGUGUUGGAGAGAAGGAUGCUCGCCUGACGGAUGAAAGAAGCGCGGAGAGACUGAAGCAGCAUCCGCAUCCCGAGCACACAAUCACAGCGAUGAUGGAGGGGCGAGACGGAUUUUUAUGCGGGGUUGUUGAGGGUUUCUAUGGGAGACCCUGGUCAAUGGAACAAAGGAAGGUACUUUUUCAAUGGAUGCAGAGAUGGGAUUUAAACACAUACUUGUACGGACCAAAAGAUGAUCUGAAGCACAGGUUACUGUGGAGAGAGGUUUAUUCUGCAGAGGAAGAGGCUCAGUUAAAAACUCUGAUUGGUGAAGCAGAGUCGAGGGGUCUGAGAUUCGUCUAUGCUCUCUCUCCGGGUCAGGACAUCGUCUUCUCCAGUUCUUGUGACCUCACACUGCUUAAACGCAAACUCAGACAGGUGACAGACCUGGGCUGUCAUGCUUUUGCCCUGCUGUUUGAUGACAUUGAUCACUCCAUGUGCCAGGCUGAUACAGAGGCCUUUUCCUCAUUCGCUCACGCCCAGGUCACCGUGGCCAAUGAGAUCUUCCGUUUCCUGGGGGAACCGCCUGUCUUCCUGUUCUGUCCCACUGAGUACUGUAAUUCUCUGUGCACUCCCAGUGUGUCUAAGUCACCAUACUUGUUGACAAUUGGCGAAGACCUACUUCCUGGCAUCUCCAUUAUCUGGACCGGAAAGAAGGUGAUAUCACGAGAGUUGAGUGCUGAUUCACUAGCAGAGGUCGAGACUGUGCUUCGGCGGCCACCUCUUGUUUGGGACAACCUCCAUGCCAAUGAUUAUGACUCCCGACGUGUCUUCCUGGGGCCCUUUAAAGGUCGGCCCCCUGGACUCAGGGCCCAUCUGAGGGGUCUGCUGCUAAAUCCAAACUGCGAGUUUGAAGCCAACUUUAUCCCUCUGCACACCCUGGGCAGUUGGCUUCAAGAAGGGAAAGAGGAGAAAGGUGAUGAAGAGGGCUACAGUGUAGAGAGAGCGCUAUCAGUCGCCUUGCAAGACUGGAUGAAGGAACUCAGCCUUCCCCUACACCCUGGACGGCAGGUGAGGCCAACAGACCUGAAGCCAUCAUUGUCCUCUUUUAAAUCAAAGUCCUCCGAUAGCUCAGACAAUCAACACGAAGCCCAGCCCAAAACUUCCAUAACUUCCUCCCAAAGCUCAGGUGCACUUGCUAGCGAUGAUAUCCCAGCAGACCCUGUUGUAGAGCAGGAUCUGAAAGCUAGGGAGAACCAGGUCUCCAGCCAUGAAAAAACCUCCAAAAGGGGGUUGGGCUCUGGAAGGGCUCCACUGAGCGAGGCUCAAAUCAGGUUGCUGGUAGGCCUGUAUUAUCUGCCACAUGAACACGGUCCACCUGCUCAGAGUCUUCUGCAGGACCUCACGUGGCUAAAAACCAACUGUCACCGUGUCAGCGCCAACGACAAUGGCAAGAAGACCCCACCUCAGAAGGCAGAGGAAUGGCGAGGCCGUGCCGGUCGGUUCUUGGCUGCGUGUGAUGAUGUGGCUUUACUGCACAGUGCUAUGGUGAACAGCAUCAAUAGGGCUGUACUGUAUGACCUUUACCCUUACAUCUGGGACCUGAGAAACACCCUGCUGGUGGCCAAGGCUUUCGUAUGUUGGCUAGAGGGUCGUAUGAUGAGUGAAAGUUCUCCACUUGGCUCUUGGAAGAACUGCUUUCAUUGGUGUGGAGCCUCCCCGGGGGCGGAGCUACUUGGUGUGGAGGCAGAACCGUGGGUGUUUAAAGGAGGACUAUCUGGAGAAGUGCAGAUGCUUCUACCGGUGGGGACCAGCAGUGAGUUAUUUAGUCAUCCUCCCCCUCUUUUUCCUACCUGUCGACUUUAUAACAUACGGCCUUUCCAGCAGAAAGACAAGAUGGAGCUCUACCGAAUGGUGCAUCAGUUGUACCAGAGAGGAAGAGGGAGCCAGGACGCAACCAUCUCUCAUCCAGACUUUAUUGGGGACAGGUGCCUGGGUGCGUCUCUGGCCUUGUGCCCAGAAUACAGCUUAGUGUUGGAGGAUGAAUUGGGUGUUUGUGGGUGUGCUGUUGGCAUUCUGGAUGUGCGAUCCUUCGCCAAACGCUGCCAGGCCACCUGGCUGCCUGCUAUGAGGGACAAAUAUCCUUCACGCGCCCAUGGAGCCAAUGGACAUGCAGCAACAAAGGAGGCGCUGCUAUAUUUCCAUGAAGAACAGGACUACCCAGACUCCCUGCUGUAUCAUUUCCCAUCUCAGCUCAGACUCGAGGCUCUUCCUGAACUGGUGGACUGCAGCGUCAGUCGUAGCCUCCUUACAGCACUGCUGACGGCACUCAAAGCUAACGGUUCACAGGGUGUAUUUUGCGAAGUCCAGCCUACGGAUGUUUUGCGAAUGGAAUUUUUAACAAAACUUGGAUUUUUGGAGAUCCUUCGUGGAGAAGCACGGCCCAGAGAAGGUGUAGUUUUGGGGAGGCUGUUGUAAUCUGUAACAAAUGUGUCUGGGGCAACACUCUUAAAAAUAAUGGUUUGGUAAAGAUAAAAUCCUCUUUUGUUGGGCUCUGUGGUUCCAUGUGGUGGAAAAGGUUCUCCACACAGAAAGAAGAAACCUUUGGCUGAAAGGUUCAGUUGGGAACCAUAAAAAAAAAACUUUAUAGCACCUUUAUUUGUAAGAGCGUGGAGCUAGGGUUCGGGAUCUGGUUAGAAAAAAGUUGGUUGUUGAAUGUGCUUUGGUUAAGUAUUAAAGGGAUAGUCGCCCAAAAAAUGAAAAUUACAACAUGAUUUACUCACCCUCAAGCCAUCGGAGAUACAUAUGUCCAUCAUCUUUCAGACAAUACAUUUUACAGUUAUUUUAGAAAAUGUUAGAAGCUAGUUAUUUUCAUUUGUAAAGUUUUAAAUAUGAAUGUUUCUCUAACAAAAUUGGUUUGAUUACCAUUAAAAGACCUUUAUUUAUACCCCUGGAGCUGUUUGGGCUUGACGGACCACGUUUUUAACCUUUAUAAAGUUUAAAAGAGCAAGGACAUUUUCUAAACAGAAAAUGUGAUUGUCUGAAAGAUGAUGGACUUUGUGUCUCGGAUGGCUUGAGGGUGAUUAAAUCAUGGGCUAAUUUUCAUUUUUGGGCGAACUAUCACUUUAAGGCCUAUUCACAAGUCCAAAAACACGCAUGUACUGCAAAAAAUUACUCUCUUACUUACAUGUACAUUUAGUCAUUUAGCAGACGCUUUUGUCCAAAGCGACUUACAAAGGAGGUAAACAAUAGAAGCAAUUAUAGCAACACAAGAACAGCAAUACCAAGUCCAACACAGUAUAGACGACGGUUGGUUAGUAUUUUUUUUAAAUGUACAGCUAAAGAGAAAGAAAAAAUAGAGAAAGAUAGUAAGUCCUAUAUUAGGAAGUGAGGUAAUGGCGGAAGAGAUGGGUUUUUAGCCGAUUCUUAAAGACAGCUACAGAGUCAGCAGAUCAUGUCACGACCGGCAGAUCAUUCCACAGUUGUGGAACAGCUCCUGAGAAGAUACGCGCUAAUGUUUUUUAUUUCCUUUUUGAGAUGGCACCACAAGCCGUCGCUCGGUGGCAGAGCGCAGGGAUUGAGAGGGUACAUAAGGCUGUAUUAGUAAGUGAAGGUAAGGGGGUGCUGACCCAGUGGUGGUUUUAAAGGCCAGGAGCAGAGCUUUAAAUUUAAUGCGAGCUGCUAUAGGAAGCCAGUGUAACUUGACAAAGAGAGGAGUGACAUGCGCCCUCUUUGGCUCAUUGAAGACCACUCUUGCCGCUGCGUUCUGAAUCAUCUGUAGGGGUUUGGUCGUGCAGGCUGGAAGCCCAGCCAGUAGCGCAUUGCAGUAGUCCAGCCUGGACAGGACAAGAGCUUGGACUAGGACCUGCUUAGCGUGCUCAUUUAGGAAAGGUCUAUUUUUCCUUAUAUUGUAGAGCAGUGGUUUUCAAACUGGGGGCCGGGGCCCCCAGGGGGGCCGCGAGAUGGUGCCAGGGGGGCCCCACUUUUAUGACAUUUUAUGAAAUACAUUAAUUUAUCAUGAAUUCUGUGUAAUUAAACCUAUAAAAAUAAGGCUACAAACCAAAAUCACUACUUUUUUGUAUAAUUUAAUGUUUUUUUUAUUAAAAUGUUGAGUUUUAGAAUAGUUUUUUGUCACAAAUUUUCUUUGGGGGGCCACGAAGGAAUGCACCAUACACAAGGGGGGCCGCACGCUGAAAAAGUUUGGGAACCACUGUUGUAGAGGAUGAAUCUACAAGAGCGAGCGGUGCUAGCAACAUGCUCCAUGAAGCUAAGCUGAUCAUCAAUGACAACUCCCAGGUUUUUGGCCGUCCUGGAAGGCGUGAUGGUUGAGGAACCUAGCUGAAUGGAAAGGUUGUGCUGAAUCUUUAGUUCAGAUGAUAUGUUCUUCGCAAGGUUAAGCUGGAGAUGGUGAUCCUUUAUCCAGAGUGAGAUGUCCCUCAGGCAUGCCAAGAUGCGGGCAGAAACCGUGGGAUCAUCAGGGUGAAACGAUAAGUGGAGUUGAGUGUCGUCUGCAUAGCAGUGUUAGGAAAAGCCAUGUUUUUGAAUGACAGAGCCCAGGGAUGUCAUGUAUAUCGAAAAGAGCAGUGGUCCAAGCACAGAGCCUUGAGGCACCCCGGUAUCGAGACGUUGGGGUUCGGAGAUGUCACCUUUCCAGGAUACCCAAAAUGACCUGCCUGAGAGGUACGACUUGAACCAUAGAAGUGCUGUGUCAGAGACACCCAUAGCCAUGACGGUUGACAGGAGGAUGCGGUGAUUGACCGUGUCAAAAGUGGCAGAUAGAUUCAGUAAGUUCAGCACAGAUGAUUUGGAGGCUGCCCUUGCCUGCAUUAGGGCUUCAAUAGCCUCUUUCACACAGUAAUUCUGGUAAAUUACCAUGAAUUUACCAGAAUGAAUUUACCAGUAAAUACAAAAAUGUGCUGUUCACACAUGCAGUGACGUUCCGUCUUUUUACCAGUAAGACAUCAUUCACACAUCAGUAUCAAAAUACCGGUAAACUCGGAGAGAAAGCGGAAGUUACCUGUGGCGCGCGGCCGGCGAGCUCCGUCCGUGUCUGUAAACGGCGGGUUAUGACUUAAUAUCCACGGUCCGUAUUUUGUUGUUUUCACAUCUGUGGCAAAUGGUCGCGAAGUUGCUCGUGACCAAACAGCAUUGCAUUAGGCGGCGUCAAACGGAACCUGCGCGUUUGCACAUUAGGCUUCACAGAUGGUGUGCUAGGGCGUCGGCAAUUUGGCAAUUAGAUGGUAAGCUGUUUUAAACAACUUUGGUGAAGAAAUGUGGAUGUUAACUUCAGGUGUGCUGGACUUUUAAGCAACAUGUGUGUGGAAACGUCUGUAAACAGUCUGGGGGAAACCGCGUCACCUGUAUAAAAAACUUUCUGAUUGGCCCGCCCGAUCUGUCAGCGCGGUCUGACGUCAUCUAAAUGCCGGUAAUGCUAUAUUUUUCGUUCACACACAGCGCUUACCGGCAAAUUACCGUUAAUCUUACAACCUGUCUUACUGGUAAAUUGGGAGCACUGAUUUACCGGAAAGGUUCUGUUCACACAUGACAUGUUAACUGCAAUUUACCAGUAAAUUACCAGUAAAGACUGUAUGUGUGAAAGGGACUAAUGACUGAGAGCAGCGCAGUCUCAGUGUACUUAGUAUUUUUGUCUUGUUUUCAGUAAAAAUAUCUAAAAAUUCUUAAAUCAUGUAUGUAUUUUCAUGAUGAGCAAAAUAAAUAAUUCUAGUUUUUAUACAAAAAAUAUCAAAUUGAAGAGAAUUUGUGGAAUAAUUUUUUUUCUUAUUCCAUUGGCAGAUUUUUUCCCUUGUUUUAAGCACUAAUUUACUUAGUUUAUAUUUUAUUGUCUAAAAACUAGACUUAUUUUCCUAGAUCAUUUUUGCUCAUCAAGAAAAUACGUCUUAAUUUAAGAAUUUUUAUAUAUUUUUAGUAAGAAAGUCAUUUUUUGCAGUGUGGCAGGAUUUUAAUAGAAGCAAUCCUAUCAGUCUCUAUUAACUCAUUCAUACCAAUGAGUCUUAAAUAUUUUGAUAAACUUAUGUCCUUUUCCCAAGGCUGGGUUGAUUUUUAGUAAGCCAGGUUAUUGCUUAGAUUAGAUUAUUACAACAAUUUUGCAUAAGACCAAGCGUGAAUAAAUGUAUUUUAUGGUGUUGCCUGUUGUGAACGGCCUUUUAGGUUUCAUGUUAUAAUAAAACACAGUGGGACGAAAUAAAAACUAGAUCACUUGUUUACAGCUUUAUCCUUACUAAUCAUUUUAAAUAAAUCUUACUUCUUCUGUUGCUUUUUGCUGCAUCUUGAGCUCCUGUUGGUUCACAUAAAUCUUUUGCUCUUUGGGGAUAAUGAUGUUUUUUAAUGACAGUGUCUAUAUUGUAAUUGUAUAUGGAUAUAGGAGCUAAAAGCACAACGUUUCUCUUUUGUAUUCAGCACACGCACACAAUCUUUCCUCCAGCCAGUCAUGGACAGGCUCAGGACACUUAAAAAAAGACUUUUACAGACACAUGAAAAUGCAAUGAUCUUUACUCCUCUUAUAGGGUUUUUCUAUAGCUUUUACUCUGAACUUUCUCUCUUUCACAUGCACGCACUUACUUACAGCUCUUUUAAGAGGCAGGAUUUUAGUCCUUUCUUCAUGCUUUAAUAACAGAUGCACUAAUCGUAUGCACGUCUGUACACUUUUUCAAUAAUAUGCCUUUUAAUCUUUAACCAGUAGCCUUCUUUAAACGCCAUGGCAAUCAAACAAGCAUAAUAAAAGAAAUCUUUUCACAUUGUUAUUUAGAUAUUGUUUAAUGGAGUUUCUGAUUUUGUACAUUUAUGGUAAAUAAUCCUUUUGCAUGUUAACUUAUUUUCAGCCAUAUAUUUUGUUUAAAAGUUGUUUUUUGUGAGUUUAAAUGUUGGAAUUGUAAUAUGUACACCGGAAGGCCUCAGCCUAGGUAGUGAUGUAAUGUACAACUUGGUUACAGUGCAGUUUUGUAAUAAUGAAACAUGUUUACAGCAUCAAUAAAAUCUUUUCUUUCUUGCAGACA